GGAGCAAAUCGCCAUCUCCUUCUUCAUUCUUAUUCUCUAUAACAAACGGUCCGACCGGAUCCAAGUUGCACCGGUUCGAACCGCUUUUGUGACAUUACUAACGGUUCGAACCGUUUUGUUUUCAACCCGUGACAAACGUGGGAGGCUUCGUUGUUUCUUCUUCUUACUAAUUAUCAUAAGUUUUUGUUUUCCUUUUGAGUCAUUGAAGUCUUGUUUUUUGUCGUGUUUCUGUCUGGAGACCGUGAAAGAGAAAACGAAGAGUACGAGAAUGAGUGAAACAAAGCAAGAAGAUGAUACAAUUAUGUCCUCAGUUCACUCCACUGUCUUCAAAGAAUCCGAAAACCUCGCAGGAAAGUGUCUUCAAAUCGAGGGUUAUGAUUUCAACCGUGGCGUCGAUUAUCAACAGCUUCUCAAAUCAAUGCUCACCACUGGUUUUCAAGCUUCUAACUUUGGUGAUGCUGUUAAAGUCGUUAAUCAAAUGCUAGAUUGGAGGUUGGUUGAUGAACCUAUUGAUGAGGAUUGUGAUGAAGAUAAGAAGGAUUUGGAGUAUAGGAAAUCUGUUUCAUGUAAAGUGUUUUUGGGUUUCACUUCUAAUCUUAUCUCUUCUGGUGUUAGAGAUGUUGUUCGUUACCUUUGUCAGCAUCACAUGGUUCAUGUAGUUGUUACAACUACAGGUGGUAUUGAAGAAGAUCUUAUAAAGUGCCUUGCACCAACAUAUAAAGGAGAGUUCUCUUUGCCUGGAGCUUAUCUUCGCUCAAAAGGAUUGAAUCGAAUCGGUAAUUUAUUGGUCCCUAAUGACAAUUAUUGCAAAUUUGAGGACUGGAUUAUUCCUAUUUUUGAUCAAAUGUUGAAGGAGCAAAAGGAAGAGAAAGUGCUGUGGACACCGUCUAAGUUAAUAGCUCGAUUGGGAAAAGAGAUCAACAAUGAAAACUCCUACCUUUACUGGGCAUAUAAGAACAAUAUUCCAGUUUAUUGUCCAGGAUUAACCGAUGGCUCAUUGGGUGACAUGCUGUACUUCCAUUCCUUCCACAACCCUGGUCUGAUUGUGGACAUAGUGCAAGAUAUAAGGGCCAUGAAUGGUGAAGCUGUACAUGCAAAUCCUAGCAAGACGGGCAUGAUUAUUUUAGGAGGCGGCCUUCCAAAACAUCACAUUUGCAAUGCCAAUAUGAUGCGCAAUGGUGCAGACUAUGCAGUUUUUAUUAAUACUGCACAAGAAUUUGAUGGAAGUGAUUCUGGAGCUCGUCCAGAUGAGGCUGUUUCAUGGGGGAAAAUACGAGGAUCUGCUAAAACUGUUAAGGUACAUUGUGAUGCAACGAUAGCAUUCCCUCUGCUGGUUGCAGAAACAUUUGCCUCAAGAACGAAACCUCCUCUUCUUUGAUAAAGGUUCGCUGUCAUAACUAAAAGGUGUGCUCCACAGUGAGUGCCAAAUGUUUUGGUAUGGAACUUAAACCAAGGUCGGCUGUAUGUCAUACUUGAGGUCAAAGUUCAUUUACAAUGCAGUGUGUUUGAGGAUCUUGAUGGACCAGUUUGGCAUUGACAUUUAAUUUGACUGUCUUGUUAUUCGCAAGGUCAACAUAACAAGCAUUUUUUUUUACCAUUUAGAAGCAAUUUGAAGGAAUUGAGAGUUAUGAAUUGUGGAUGUAAAUUAUGCAAUGCUAACUAUAUUUUUUGGAACUGUGGUUUCUUAGUUUUGAGGUGUUGAAAAUUGUAAUCUUUAGAGCAAAUAAGACUAGAAAAGUUUCAACUAUCACUGAUCAGUUAUAGUAUCUUCAAUGUUUUCCAA